AUGGCCGACGAAACAAAUGAUACGCCCUUUGUCUAUACAGUACAGCCCAAGAAUGAGAUCCCAAGAGGUAUCAAUUAUGUCAUUGUGGAUCCAUCAGUCCGAAUAAUUCACAACAAUUCCUUCGAAGAAUGCCUAAAUCUCUGCUCUUUGACCUUGCCAAAAUCACUCCGGGUUAUUGGCAAGAGGGCCUUUGAACGAUGUUCUUCUUUGGAAUAUGUCUAUAUUCAUGAUGGAUUACAGGUCAUUGGCCGUGAGGCAUUCCGGGACUGCUCAUCCUUGAUUCAUAUUCGGUUUCCAGCACAAGGUCUUACAACCAUCCGAAAGGGUGUUUUGGAUGGCUGUGGCUUGCUCCAAAGCUUAUCGAUUCCCAGUACCGUGGAAAAGAUUGGACAGAAUGCCUUUCACGAUUGUAUUUCUUUGAAAAAGGUAACUCUGCGAGAUGGUAUAAGGAGCAUUGGUUCCGGAUCAUUUUGGAAGUGUGAGUCUAUGAAGGAGUUCCAGUUUCCGGAGACCCUCGAAUCGAUUGAAGCAGAGGCUUUUGUAUGGUGCAAAUUUCAAGCCAUAUCGUUACCGGCAUCUGUAAAGACAAUUGGUACCAAGGCCUUUUCUGGAUGUGCUGCUCUUACGACUGUAAAGCUCCAGGAAGGACUACAAUACAUUGGUCGCUAUUCAUUUUGCUCUUGCGAUUUGCUCGUGGACAUUGAUCUGCCAACUGGGCUGACAGCGAUUGAUAACCGGGCCUUUCUAAUGUGUACAUCUCUCCGCACCAUAUCCAUACCUGGGACGGUGGAGAGAAUUGGUGAUGGCGCGUUUGCAUCUUGUACUUCUCUGACCGAUGUGGAAAUUCAAAAUGGCGUAAGAGCCAUUGGUCAUGAAUCAUUCAUUCGUUGUACGCAAUUGAGUGGCAUUGUCCUACCUCUCAGUCUAGAUGAGAUUGGAGCUAAUGCUUUCUUCAACUGUAUUAGCCUGCAGGGCGUGGAGAUACCAAGCAAGAGCAAGAUUACAAUUGGUAAGAAGUGUUUUGCUGGUUGCAAAAAUUUGAUCAACCUAUCGAUUCCAGACGCUACUAGGUUUGCCACUGAAGAUGCUUUCUCUCGGUGUGAUUUGCUUCAAACCUUUGAUGCUAUCUGGUCUAUUCGAGAACGGUUUGAACAAUUCCCAGUCCACAAUGCUUGCUAUCAAGCCUCUUCCAAGUCGAUAGAUCAUCUGACCCAGGCACUCGAUGAUUCUUGCCAAAGCUUGAAAGGAUACAUGGAAGACCCUUUUGGUAUGACAGCGUUUCAUAUUGUGGCUACCUCCCCGAACCCAAGGAUUGAUUUCUUGGACUGCGUACUAGACAGAUAUCCACUUGAUGCUCUUAGCCACAACGACGCACAUGGCAAAACCAUGAUGUACUACAUGUUGAAACACACAUCGAACAAGGUUAUUCCUCUGAUUAAGAUUGUCGUUCAUCGAGCCGUGAUAGAGCGGAUAGCAGGAUGGGGUGCACCAGAGUCAUGGCGGGCCGACUUGGUACGCCAAGUGGAGUCGAUUCACGGCGAUGAUCCCAUGGGCCGAAAUAAUUCCGUGUACAAUUUCUUUGACCACACAAGGCACUAUGCGAGAGUAGAAAUGACAUCGUUCCUGGAACUGGCCUUGUGGAAAAUGAGAAUGCGACAAGGAUACAAGAAAGAAACCGAAAAGGUCGAGAGUUAUCGAGAGAUUUGUCGGUAUCAGUGCGGCGCAGAUGUGGUUGUGGAAAACGUGGCUGGCUUCUUGUGGAACGGACAACCAAAAUCGUAUGCUGGUAUGGCAGUGUUUGCACCUCACUCUGAAUUAUCCUUUUGGAUUCCUUGGUUCUAG